CCAUCAUCCUUUUACUCUUACUGCAAAAAGCAAAAGCCCAAAGGCUGUGACGCCCCUCUUGCUCCAAAGCGCACCCAUUUUUUCCACCCCUUUUAAUUUCCUGGCAUCCAAACAGUAGACAAAACCAACCCAGAUACCCCAACAUGGAAAGAAUGAUCCUUUCUUGCUUUUCUCUGUAAUCUGGGAGCCGGGUUUUUCUUCUUACUCUGUUUGGCUGCUGAGAAAAUGAGUGAGAACAUGAAAGAUAUGAAUGGGUUGGGGUUGGGAUUGAGUCUGAGCUUGGGAUUGAAACCCAAUGAGAGUGAGCCUUGUUUGCAGUUGAAUCUCAUGGAGAAGCCUUCACACGCCAUGCAGAAUCACCCUCACAGAACUUCAUGGAAUGAAAGCUUCCAAUUUCCUGAUCGAAACCCAGAUACGAGGUCGUUUCUCAUAGACGUGAACGAGGCGCCAUCGAUGGCGGAUUUCGAGGAAGAAAACGGGGUUUCAUCGCCGAACAGCACGGUGUCGAGCCUGAGCGGGAAGAGAAGCGACAGGGAGCCCAUCGUCGACGAGAACGAGGGCGAGAGGACCUCGUGCUCCCACGGCGGCGGCAGCGACGACGAAGAUGGCAACGGCGGCGACAUGUCAAGGAAGAAGCUGAGGCUGUCGAAGGAGCAGUCUCUGCUCCUCGAGGAGACGUUUAAGGAGCACAACACUCUGAAUCCGAAGCAGAAGCAGGAGUUGGCAAAGCAGCUGAACCUAAGAUCAAGACAAGUGGAGGUCUGGUUUCAGAACAGGAGGGCAAGGACUAAGUUAAAGCAAACAGAGGUGGAUUGUGAAUUACUAAAGAGGUGCUGUGAGAAACUAACAGAGGACAACAGGAGGUUGCACAAGGAAGUGCAAGAGCUUAGAGCACUCAAACUCUCACCACAGUUCUACAUGCAGAUGAACCCUCCCACAACCCUCACCAUGUGCCCGUCAUGCGAGCGUGUAGCCGUCUCAUCCUCGUCAUCUUCUGCUGCUGCUCCUGCUUCCUCCCCAGCUCUUGCAAAUGGCCCGACCUGCCAAAAUGGUCCGCCUAAUAUCCAACGCCCUAUCCCCAUCAGCCCGUGGGCGAAAUUGCCGAUCCAACAUCGAACUCGUGAUGCUUCCGCCCCUCGGUGAUAAUUUCCGGUUCGAAGUAGGGGGAAAAUUGGAAAACUGAUGUGACUUGGACAACUUUUUCCUCAUUAGGAGGAAAUGGCUGACAAUGUGUUUGGUAGACCAUGUUAGGAAUGGUUUUGGUAAUUGAAGGCCCCUCUGUUUUUUUUUCUUUCAAAAAUUUGGGCUUUUACUAAUUUUAUGGUAGGCAAAGUGAAGAAGUUGGUGAGCAAGCCGAAAGAAGUUAUUUGAUAUGUUGCAAGUAGUAGUAGGACAAUUUCAAAGGUAAUUAACAGAGGAUAAUCUAAUUUGUUUAUAUAAUCUCAGUGGAUAACUUAACCUUUUGAAUGUCAAUUGUUGUUAACUUAUUUCAUAA